AUGGCGCACAAGAAGCGAAGAAAAGCGCCGCCAGAUGAAAAUGGAAAACCGACGACGGCGGAUAUCUACGCCGCGUGCGUGGAAAUCCGAAACCCGAACGGUAAACAACCGUCAAAGUUUAGUCACGUAGAUAUUACCCCGUAUUCGGACAUUCGAAUUGAAUCGAACGUUCCUUCCUCGGAACAUAAACCUCGAUGGACGAAAGAGACGAAACCGAAAGGUUUCGAGUACUUGAAACAGUUAUUCGAGGACAGAGGCGAAGGCGUGAGGGAGGAGAAAGUGAAACGAAGUUUUUGGGUAGCACCGAUGGUGGACGCGUCCGAUCACGCGUUUCGAAUUCUUUGCAAGCGAUACGGCGCUGAUGGUAGCUACACGCCGAUGAUUCACUCGAAGAUAUUCAUGGAGUCGGCGACGUUUCGGAAAGAAUAUUUCAGCACGCACGCGACGGAGGAGUGCAGACCUUUGUUGGCGCAGUUUUGCGCGAACGAUCCAACCACCUUGUUAAAAGCCGCGAGAGUUAUACAACCGUUCUGCGACGGCGUGGAUAUUAACUUUGGGUGUCCGCAGAGAAUUGCAAAGAGAGGAAAUUACGGCGCGUUUUUAAUGGACGAUUGGCCGCUGGUAGAGAAGUUGAUUAAAGAGUUGGACGAAAAUUUAGACGUGCCGGUGACGGCAAAGAUACGGGUGUACGAUGAUUUAGAGAAGAGCGUAGAGUACGCGAAAAUGGUUGAAAAGGCUGGAGCGCAGAUUAUUGCCGUGCAUGGCAGAACGAGAGAGCAGAAGAGGUUGGCGGAGUAUAAGUGUAAUUGGGACUUCAUCAAAGCUAUUAAAGAGGCAGUAUCAGUUCCGGUAUUAGCCAACGGCGGCGUUCGAAACUACCAAGAGUUGCAAGAGUGUCUCGAGUACACGGGCGUGGACGGAUACCUCUCCGCGGAGCCGCUUCUCGGCAAUCCGACGUUAUUUUCCAACCCACCGUUCGCUCCGAAUCCGUCCGAGGGCCAACCGCCCUACCCGCUCGAAAACGACCAUUCUUUUCAAGUAUUUUUAGAAUACAUAGACAUUUGUCGUAAGCAUCCAACCGCGCCAAAGAUUGUUUUUGGUCACUUACACGGAAUCGUCGGUCACUGGAUGCACGAGUUUCACGAUUUACGCGACGACUUGAACGAAAACAGACGCAAGUACGCCGACUUAGACGCGUUAGCCGAGUGGGUAGAAAGAUUACGAGCACGCGCGAAAGAAAUACGUGAGAAGGAAGGUCGAAAUUACCCUAUACGUAAGAUGAGUCAAAAGCAAGUCGAUAGGCAAAAGAAGCGCGAAAUCGCAGAGGCUAUCGCCACGCAAGAAGAAGAGGAGAAGAUGUUAAAAGAUAUCGACGAAAAGGACAAAGAGCGCGAAAAGGACCUAAAACUUGCCGCCGAAUGA